UUGUUUAUAGAAAAUUCAAAGAGCCAAGUGAGUGGAACGUAAAAGGAAGCAACCAAGUAACAAGUUCGUCAUCCAUGUCAAUAAUAUAGAAAGCUAAAGUCCUGAGAGUAACAGUGAAGCCUCAGUUACCUACCAAAGAAACCGAUGUCAUAUGGAUAAUCAUUACUUUACUUGUCUUUCAAUAUUAGGGGAACUUUUCCACCAUAUGGAAAAUAAUAUUAGGGGAACUUUUCCACAAAUCAUCUUAUACUUUUAAAGGGCAUUUUCAAUAAUAGUCUCUCACCAUAAAAAUAUAUAAAACAAUUGAAAAUGAAGAAAAAAGUGUAGGAGACUAUUGUUUGAAAAAAAAAGGGUAUUGAGAAAUCCAUUGUGCAUGUGUCAUUCACAGAUUUAUGUAUAAUUAAUAUUAAUGUAUUAAUUCUUUUUAAUAGGCUUAUAUGGUAUCUAAGCAUUGCUGAUACUUAUAGUUACAACUCAUGCCAUUAUAUUUAAUUUGUUGUAAAAUAAAGUUAAUAAUUUAAAGAUGAAAUCAAAGUAGCAAAGAUUAAACCUUGAUACUUUAGGGGCACACAUAAUAGUUGAGCAUAUAUAAUGUCCACUUUCUUGUGUAUUAGACUAUUCGUCUAGUACAUUUGCGUGUAUGUAUAAAAGGAACCUAAGGGCAGAUAUGAGACUCACGAUCGAUAAGCAUACAAGAAAGGGUGAGAGAGAGAAGAAAUUAUGGGAUGCUUUUUUAUUGGUCUUCUUAUGGUUAUUUUGUCGAUUGGAAAUAUUAUUGAAGAAGCAAAUGGUGAAAUAUCUCCAAAAGUUUUGAGCAACAUAAAGAUGAUGAAUAAGAGAGGUCCUUAUUUGGGGAUUGUAGCUCCAAACAACUUUGAGCUUAAUCCUCUUCUCGCUUCUCAAGCCUAUGUUCCUUAUCCCUCUUUACCCUUCAUCGAUUUCGCAGGUAGAAGAUUUCGAUUUGGAAAUAUAUCAAACCAACGGGUGGUGAUCGUAAUGACGGGAUUAGGAAUGGUAAAUACAGGAGUAGUAACACAAUUACUAGUGAGCCUGUUUAGGCUGAAAGGAGUGUUGCAUUAUGGAAUCGCUGGAAACGCAGAUGUUAACCUUGAUAUUGGUGACGUUACUAUUCCUAAGUUUUGGGCACACUCUGGUCUUUGGAAUUGGCAGAGGUAUGGAGAUGGGAUUGACGACGAGCUAGCUUUGGAAGCUGGUGGAGACUAUACUCGGGACAUUGGUUAUCUCCAGUUUUCUAAGUACAAUAACCAAAGCGACAAUUUGCUCAAUCGAGUUUGGUACCAACCAGAAGAAAUCUUUCCGGUCACCGGAACUCCGGAACUCCGGGAACACGUCUUCUGGGUUCCCGUUGACAAGUCCUACUUGGAUCUUGCACGCCAACUCCAGGACAUGAGACUACCACAAUGCGUGAAUACCACGUGUCUCCCUCGACCACCGAAGGUAACCAUCGUUGACCGUGGGGUGAGUGCAAGUGUCUUCGUCGACAACGCCGCUUACCGGACUUUCCUACGCUCCAAAUUCAACGCCACCGCGAUCGACAUGGAAAGCGCCGCCGUUGCUCUAAUCUGCCACCAGCAAGCCCUCCCUUUCGUCGUUAUCCGGAGCCUAUCCGAUCUCGCCGGAGGCGGCUCCGACGUUUCCAACGAGGCUGACUUAUUUGGCAGCUUAGCCGCGCAAAACUCCGUCGAUGUGCUUGUGAAAUUCGUUGGUUUGUUACCUAGACACAAAAGCAAGACUCAUUCAUAAUAAUAAGUGUAAAAACAAGAUGUAUGAUGUAUCUGUCUUUUUCAAUAAUAAGAGCUAUGUUUGUAUUCCAAAAUAAAACUGUGUGUUUGCUCAUUUCCUCAAACACAUUCAUACACUUUUAUUUUAUUUAUUUUGAGUUGUGUAGAAUGAGUUUUGAUUGCAUAAUAAGAUUGUUUCGUAUAUUUACAAGGCGUUAAAAAAAAUCAAAAACAAAACUGAAUACUGCAUGGCAGAGUAUGCAUUGGCCAUACUGAAAUAAGUAAGUUUUAUCGAGAAGUCUAUAAAAUAAAAUAAAAUGUAAUAUUAUAACAAAA